CCGAGCUCGAGUGAGAUUAGUCAUUCGUUCCGUGUGCGCUGAGAUAUGACCAUUUUAACUACUUAAUUCGUUCGACAGGUAGCAGCAAGUCAGGUAUCUUACCACACAGACAGCUUGUUUGUUUCUGCUCUUUAUUCUACAUAACCGAGAAAAGUAGCAUCGAUUAGCCAACAAAUAGAUCUUGUCCCUGUUUUUUCUCUACUUGACGUUAAAGAUCUCUCUCUCUCGGUUCAGCAUGUGAUUUGAUGCGUCACUGACCAGUUGAUUUCUGUUUUUGACUAUCAGUUGUACUCCGAGAAUAUUUUUGGAAUUUCCGAGACAUUAAUUGGUGUUAGUCUGAAGCAUUUAUUAUUGGAUGUGUUGAAGUCAUAAUUAUUUCGUUCACGAUGAAUGCACCGCGGCGUUUCACAUUCGGAAACGACACCUCCUUCCGGGAUGACAUGGAUUCCAUGAUGACCGAUGAUUUCGACAGAAUGCGGGAACGUUUCCAUAACCGUGCGCGGAAUAUGCGAAUGGAUAACGGAUUUGAUCAAGCAUGGUUUGAUCGUGAGCGGGAAUCGGCCUUUCAUCCGCGCGCGUUCAAAAUCCCCAAAGAAGACGAACGGAGUUCCUACGUGCGCAACAUCCCCAUCUUCAGUGAAGAUGACGCAUCCAAUCUGAUGCGCCAGACGACGUCAUCCGUUCCUAAGCCUGUUCCUCCCCAGCAACCGCAACAGCAGCAAGCGCCCUCAGCGCAGCCGUCAAACGAACAUCCAGCCGGCAGUCGUUUCAACAGCUUUCCGGGCCUGUCAUCUUCUUUUCCCAAUAAACAGCCGGCACGCAACUUCCCAUCCAACGCCUCCGACAGCGGCAUCGACCGAGCGGCCUCCAACAGCCCAUCUGAUAUUUCCGACUCUGCCAGCUCAGCCUCUUUCCCUCAGCGCUUCCCCCGACAGUCCCGCGACACCCACUCUCCGCCCACCUUCCGCCAACCGAAACCAACCGUGGACAUUGAACCGCCCAUGCGAGCGGAGAAAGUUCAGACACAGGACAGUGCGCCACCCGGGCGCAAAGAUGGCGAGCCCAUUCCUAUGGGUUUCCUGCCCAAGCAGCGCAAUCCCAGCGAGGCUAUCCCCAUGGGCUAUGACCGGCCGUCCUCGGCACCCAUGGAUCCGCCGCAGAAACCCGACAAAGUCAAACCAGAGCCCAACGCCAAAGUGCACCGCGUGCCGAUCGUGGUGAAACCGUUGGAGACGCCACGGUCAGCCUCGGCGCCACCGAAACCCACCGAGACCACCCCACCGCCACCGCCGGUUAAGAAUCCCUUGGAUCGCAUCCAGGAGAUCAUCAGUGAAGUGCAGAAAUUGGAGGCGCGGGUAAAUCAGUUCACCGGCACCCGCGAUGACCACGAAUACCGGCUGCUGGAUGAACUGCUCACGCAGGCGGUGUUGAAGCUGGAUGUGGUCACCACCGAGGGGCUGGAUGAGGUGCGGAAUGCCCGGAAAAAGGCGGUGAAGCGGGUGCAUGAUGCCAUUCAUCUUCUCGAGACUAAGACGCCGGCACACAAAUCGACGGAGAAAAAAGACAAGAAGGACAGUUCACCGGCGGCCAAAGGCGUCUCGCCCGUUCCGGAGGGCGGAAAUACCGGUCCACAUCGGAUUGUUAUUGCCAUGAAUCCGGAAAAGGAGAAGAAAUUGGAUGGGGAGGCUGUGGCGGUUAAUCAGGCGAAAGAGACUUUUAUUAAUUGAUAGGGCGGUUUUCUUGGUUAAGAAACUGUGUUAAUUCACUUUGCGAAAGAUAUAUACAGAGCAUAUUUUGUGUAACAUUUUAACCUUUUUGUUUUGGAAAUGGAGCGAACUCAGUGGUGGUUAAGUUAUUAUCUUCUUUGAUCUUUCGCUUGGAACAUUAAUUUUGAAUGCCGACAGGCGCUAAUGGGGUACUUACAAGUUAUAAAUAAUAUGUUUAGCGUUUAAGCUGACUAUUCUCGAUGAAUGGGAAAAACUAAUUUGAUUUCUUAUUUUCUAUGGACAUUACGAUUAAUAUUUCUCCGAUGUUCUGUUUCUUUCGAAUUUCAAGAAACCUGGUGUACAGAACAAAACUGCUCA